UCACAAUGGAAACCUUCAAAGAAUAUAAAGAAUAUAAAGGCCAUAACUAUGAUGACCGUUUGACCUCUGCUGAGUACAUCGAAUCACUGCAGAGCUUUGACAUACGAGAGGAUGAUGUGUUUUUGGUCACUUAUCCCAAAUCAGGGACUGUCUGGACCCAGCAGAUCAUCAUCUCCAUCUAUGAGCUCACUGGAGAAGUGAAGGAAGCUCCAUUUAACUCAAUGCAGAUGCCAUGGCUGGAGAUAAACCCGAUGAAGGAGAACUAUUCAAAAAGACCAUCUCCUCGUCUGUUCACCAGCCAUCUCUCACCUGGCCUCAUGCCUCCAGGGUUAAAGGACAAAAGAGCAAAGAUUAUAUAUGUGAUGCGGAAUCCAAAAGACAACAUGGUCUCCUACUAUAAAUUCAGAUAUGCCAACAUCAGCUUUGAGGAGUUUUUGGAGAAGUACUUGGCAGGAGAUGUCCUUGUUUCAUCCUGGUUUGUUCACAUCCGAGAGUGGCGUUCAGCCUUUGACCAGUUCAACAUCCUCUAUCUGACCUAUGAGGACAUGAUAAUGGACCUAAGAGGAGCCGUGGUGAAAAUCUGCCAGUUCUUGUGUAAAAAUCUCAGUGAUGCAGACAUUGACAAAGUUGUGGAAAAAUCAACAUUUGAAUCGAUGAAGGACAAUCCCAAAGCCAACUACACAUUGAUACCAUUUUUGCCAAAAAGUUUAAACUUUGGAGUCUUCCUGCGCAAAGGGCGCAUUGGAGACUGGAAGAACACAUUCACUGUUGCGCAGAGUGAAAGAGUGGACCGAAUCCUGGAGGAGAGACUUGGAGACAUGAAUCUAAAGUUUAUCUGGGAAUAAAAGAAGAUUCAGAGCAAUGUGAAGACUAUUAUAUGAUUUAAAGUGAACAACAGAACAAACACAUGCCAAUAGUGAAAUGAAUCCAUGGCUUAAUCCACUGUUGAUUUAACUGGUGUUAUAAAAGCCUUCUGUUGUCAGUAUUAAAUGGUUUGAACAUGG